GCACAUUCACAGUGGUGUAAAAUGGCAUUACAGAGCCACUUUAUUUGAUAUGAAUACAUUUUUCCAUUUGGUUGAUUGACACAACUGGUAGUUGCACAAGUCUGUUCCAAAAAUCUGUAGACAGCGGUUUCAAUGAAUUAUAAAAAAAGGCUAAAAAAACACUAAUACAAACUUAUUUUGGACACUGAGAUCCAAGGAGGAUCUUAUUAAAAAACAUGGUUUGGGUCAACAUUGGUUUAUAUUGUUACAGUAAAAUUAAAGUACUCAUACUGCAAAACAGGUUUUUAAUCAUACCACACAUCCAUAUAAACUAAUAAAUGUAAUAUAAAUAUUUCAUUUGAGCAUUUUUGGUCAUUUAAUUGAAUCUUGAUAAUCAUAAAAAAUGAUGCUACAUUUAUCACACAGGUUCACGUUGUCUUCUCACAGACAGCAUUAACAAAACCAUUAUCAUCAUCAAAAUCAACAGAAACUCUAGUUACAUCCUUCAAUCCUACAUUAAAUCAACCACAGUAAAUGGGAUCAAUGCCAACUGACCCUUUUAUGUUGUAGCCGCGUAUAUCAAUCUAAACAGCGCGCUGCGUGGAUCAUCACGUGACUCUGUUUGUGAUGGCUUCCUGCGCUUCUAGUGUCUAGGUCUACACGCUUUGACAGAAACAUGGGAUUUUGCAUAUUCCUGCGUAAAACCGACGAAUGUCUUCGUAACAAAAACCUUCAUAUUAGUCGAGUUGAUAAAGAAAAGAGAGCAGGCGCCCGUCUGGAGGAAAAUCCGCGAUGUUUCUGUUUAGUUUACCCGAGGAUGUGCUCUUGCUCGUGCUGUCUUAUCUGGAUAACAGAUCACUUUGCCGUCUCUCUCAAGCGUGCAGGAGAAGCUACCAGUUCAUCUCCAGAGACGCGGUGUGGAGGAGAAUAGCUAAAGGCAUUAUUAAUACCGGACUGACACGACAAGGAAUAGACUUAUGUCCUUCAAUUUCUCUGAAGGACAGAGUGAGGGUGUCACACAACUGGAGCCAUGGAGUCUGUCGUACAGAAGUUCUUUUAAAAUGGAAGAUUAACCUGUUGCCAUGGAUACAGCUGGACUGCGAUGUGCUGUAUCUCUCUCAGGCAGCAAACAUCAGUGCGUAUCAUCUGAGAGCUCGAGGGGGAAAGUUGCAGAAUAAUCGAGUGGCCCUGUUCACGGGACACCAAGAAGAUGUGUGCAGAUUCGUUCUGACAGACACACACCUUAUCAGUGCAGGAGGUGAUGGUAAAAUAAUCGUUCAUGACAGAGGAAGUGAAUACUCUAUUGCGUAUAAUGGUCACAAACAGGAGGUGAACUGUAUUGACUCAAAAGGGGGUGUAAUAGUCAGUGGGUCUAGAGACAGGACUGCAAAGAUUUGGUCACUGACAUCAGAUCGACUCAGAGAGUGCUUGCACACAAUUCCCACGUAUGAUCGAGUGUGGUCAGUAGCCAUCAGCCCAUCUCUAAGCAACUUUGUAACCGGAACAGCCUGCUGUGAGAAUUUUGCUCCUCUUCGAAUCUGGGAUACUGAAAGGUGUCACCUGGUGUCGUGUCUCGGUACGGAGUUCCGCCGAGGUGCAGGUGUGUUGGAUAUCGUCUACGAGUCUCCCUUCCAGCUCCUCACCUGCGGAUACGACACCUUCAUCCGCUACUGGGAUUUGCGCGUCUGCACCAGGAAGUGUGUGAUGGAGUGGGAGGAGCCUCACGACAGCGCCCUUUACUGUAUAAAGACAGACAAGAAUCACAUGAUUGCCAGUGGCUCAUCAUAUUAUGGAGUAGUGCGGCUUUGGGAUAAACGGCAAUCCCGCUGUCUACAGACGUUCCAGUUGGCACCCACCACCAGCAGCCCAAUUUACAGUCUGUGUUUCAAUACCACUCACCUGUACGCUGCUGUGGCCUCCAUCCUCUAUUCACUUGACUUUCGAACUGUGAAGUAACCAUGCUUUUACACGCACUGUUACUUCAGAAUUGUCCUGUUAUGAGGAAGCACUCAUCUUGCCUUUUAAAUGAUUGGGGCAGCUAAUAAUACAGUCUUCUCCUGGUGGAUAUUUCCCUCUAGCUUGCUCUGUGGCUUGGCUCUUGUGAGUGUGCAGGGUUCACGACCUUCUGUGGCCCAAGUCUUAACGGACUUAACACAUUGCCAGCGACCUCUGGGAUGUCUAAAACAAAUACUGCUCAGAUCUGCCAGCGGCCACUAAUGGGAUUUAUGUUAAACCACAGCUCAUAUGAUAAUAGAUAGAUUGUAACUGAAAGUCUAUUUUUCCAACAGUGACACGAAUAAAUGUGUUUCGUAGUCUUUG